CCGGCCAGUCGAGUCGCCGCCGCCCGGCCGCGCUGACGCGCCCGCCGCCGCCGAGCCGAGCCGAGCCGCCGAGCCGUCCCGACAUGCCCACUGGGGCUCGCUGACCGCGCACAGACUUUGAUCGCGAGUGCAGCGACGGCACCAGCCAGUGGCCACGUGGCCAAUAUGAGGAAGAAGAUGCCGCCUUCGAUGCGGAUCCUGCAGGAGAGCCAGCCGGACCAGGGGAUGCUGCUGCUGCACGAAGCCAUCUGCUGUCAGGGCAACUCUGCGCCGGAGCCGGCCAGUAACACGCAGACGUGCGGGAUCUGCCAGCGGCACUUCCAGCUGUCCGACGUCAUCCGGUUCGUGCAGCAGCGGGUGUUGGCCGGCUCUCCAGCCGUCACCGAACCCCUGGCGGCCAGUCCCCCGCCCGACCGGCCUGCCGACCAGCUCAACGGGCGCCGGCGGCCCAGCGGGGGCGCACGACGCCUGCUGACAUCUGUUGGCGACCGCGAGAAACUGCAGUUGAACGGCCUGUCGCCGACGCCGUCCGUCUCCAGUUUGUCCUCGAGGGAAGAGGAGAGCAGGAGAGAGCGGGAGGAGGAGAGCAGGAGAGAGAGGGAGGAGGAGGUGCAGAGGCGUCUGGUCGACGCUGGAGCCAACACCACCGACUCCGAGCCCGGAUCGUACGUGUGCUUCACCUGCAAGAAAGGCUUCGACUCGGCGUGGCUGCUGGUGCAGCAUGUCCAGGAAGACCACGGCGUCAACAUCUACGAGAACCACUCGGCGGCAGCCUGCCGGGCUCCCACUCCGUCCCCUCCUCCGCCGCGCCGGAGAUCGCCCUCCCCGCGCCGCUCGUCGCCUCCUCCGCGGCAACCGUCGCCGCCGCGGUGUGCGCCAGAGCCGGCCCCUCCGCCGCCGCCGCCGCCCCCGCUGCCGCCCGUCUCCACGCGUCUGGCACCCACCUCCUCCACACACGCCGGCUUCGAGCUGCCGUUCCUGAGGAUGCCGCUCGGCGCCGACAAGCCGUUCCCCUCCAUGCUGAACGCGCCGUUCAGCCGGCCACCUAGUCACAACUUCCGCAUGGAGAACAUCAUCUCAGAGCAGUUCCGGCUGAGCGCGCCGCUAUCGAUGCCGCCAUUUGACCUCGGCCCGCGGCCGCGGCCGCCGCUUUCCCUCCCCAUGGAGCCGCUGGACUUUUACUCGCAGCGGCUGCGGCAGCUGGCGGGCGCCUCGCUACCAACUGCUGCCGACCUCCUCACACCGCCGGCCAAGCGGGCUCGCGUCUCGCCGCCGCCCUUCGGCUCUCCGGCCGGACCGAGCACGUCCAGUCCGAGCCCCGUGGCACAGCCACCGGCAGCUGCCCCGCGCACCGGUCCGCCAAAGGCAGCCCGCAAGGAGCGGCCCCGCGCCUGCGAACACUGUCACAAGGUGUUCCGGUUCCAGAGUAACCUGAUCGUGCACCGGCGCAUCCACACCGGUGAGAAGCCGUACAAGUGCAAGAUCUGCAGCCACGCAUGCACGCAGAGCAGCAAACUGAAGCGGCACAUGAAGACGCACAUGAAGGAACUCGAACUCAGUGUGGAAAAAAACUCGCAGGCCAGCGAUGAUGUCAAGGAUGAGGACGACGACGCCAGCGUCCAGGAGGAAGAGGAAGAAGAGGAGCUCCUGGAUGAACGGCAGGACUCUUCCGUCACGGCUGAGGUGGAUGGGCCGGAGGAUCUGUCGACCAAGUCGACCACCUCCACGCCGGUGCCGGCUCCGCUCACCCCCAACAACAACCUGCCGCCGACUCCAUCGUCGGAAAAAUCAUCGCUGGUCGGAGAAUUGAUGGACAAAUUUGGACUCUCAAACAUCAACACCUACAGGGAUGCGUACAAGCAGCUACGCGAAUCGGGAAAGGACGAAGACCCCCUGAGCGACAGCAAUCAUAGUGAUGACGAACUGCUUGACAGCGAAACACACGAUAGCGAGACGAGAGAUAGCGACGGCCGCGACAGCGAAAUACCCGAUAGCGACGCCAUGGAUAGCGAGGCGCCCGCUAGCGAAACGCGAGAGAGCGACGCACAGGGCGGCGAAACGCGAGGCAGCGAGACUCGCGACGGAGAGUCGCGUUUCGGAGAGUCUCGCGAAGGAGAGUCGCGACGAGAGAAUGGCGCCGCUAGGGACGGCGAGGCGCGGUCGGGAGAGGCACGGGACUCAGCGCCGGAGGGCGAGGCGGCGGAGCGGACCGAGCGAAGCACCAUCAAAGUGCGGGACGAGUUCGGAGCCGGUCUUAUGGGCCACCAGCCGGCGCUGGACCUCAGUCGCGGCUCGCUGCUCGGGCUGGAAGCCGCCUUCGACCCGGCCCGCCGCCUGAAGCUGGACCUGGCUGGUCGGGAACCCGACACCGGCAUGCCGACCUGGCCCUCGGGGCUCUGGCUGCCGCCGAUGGCCAUGUCGCGAGAGUUCCCCUUCCCGCCGCGCUCAGCUCCCGACUUCCUCAGUCACGCCAAGGCCGCCUCCGAGGGUGCCCUGAAAGCGGCCCAGCGGCCCCUGCACGCGCCGUUCGCUCCCAAGCCGGGCAGCCGCAUCGGUCUCGACUCGCCGUCACCCAAACGGGAGCGUAGCCGCCGCGACACUUGCGAGUUCUGUGGGAAGGUGUUCAAAAACUGUUCUAACCUUACAGUCCACAGGCGCUCGCACACAGGUGAAAAGCCCUACCACUGCACCAUGUGCAACUACGCCUGUGCGCAGAGCAGCAAGCUCACGCGGCACAUGAAAACCCACGGGCGCAUGGGCAAGGACGUUUAUCAGUGCCGAUUCUGCACGAUGCCCUUCUCUGUGGCCUCGACCCUGGAGAAGCACAUGCGGAAGUGUGUG